AUGUCAGCUAGUCUGCCAACCGCCGCAGACGAUGACAUGCCCGUUGAUUUUGAAAGCUCGCCUGCUCCGAUCUUCGAUACUGAGAACGACGGAGCAUACAACGAAAACCCAGACAAUGGUGAUUCCGAGCAACAGCUGGGGAACCAAAAGAAGCGUAAGAAGCCAGCCAAAGGCGGUGGUGGUCCGAAAAGAAUAACUGAAGAAGCUUUGCAACGUCGACGCGAAGGUAGACUCAAGGCAGCUGCUACUAUCGCCAAUAACUUGAAAAAGACAGGAAUUGGUCGGUUCGAAGACGAGAAUGGCUUUCCGUACACAAACAUUCGGCAAGUUCCACUUGUCAACCAGAAGAACUACUUCACAGAUUAUUUGAAGCGUGAUGAUCAGAUAUCCAUGAACAGAAACUCAAAAGGGGAUUCUUCAGAACUGGCACCCAAGCCCAAUGGCAUCAAAAGAGAUGAUGACGACGAGGAUGACGAUGAUAAUGAUGAUAAUGACGAUGAUGAGAAUGGCGUGCUUGGUCUGGAUACCAUUGUCAUUCACCCAGGAUCACGCAAUUUGCGUAUCGGUAGAGCGUCGGACGAGUAUCCACAAUGUUUCCCAAUGGUAAUCGCAGUGCCGAAUUUCGAUUCUGAUAUAGUUCCCAGUGUUGAGCCUGAGCGUAUAUAUGACGAGGAUGGUGUUUUAACCUUCGGUGAGACCUUUGAGUCAGCCAAGAGUUUGGUGACGAAGGACUUCAGAGCACGGAUGCGGUACUACAAAAGAAGAGUCAAUCCGAAUUCACGAGACAGUGCUGCGCAGUUCAAUGCUACACAAACGCCCGAAAUCAUCAGCUCGAGUAAUAACCCUGAUGACAAGACAUACAUUAGUGCCCAAUCAGAGCUAUUAAAAGAAAAGAAGUUCUUUGUGGGCGAAGAAGCUUUGAGUUUGCCAUAUGGAGAAAAUUUCAGUGCCUGGAGAUUGCGCUACCCGAUUAAGUGUGGCUUGCUUAACCAAAGUCCGGACGAUUAUAGACUGGCCCAAGAGGUUCUAAGUGAUAUAAUCCGUAUAAUUACUUAUGCUUUGCAAAAGCUUGACAUUGGCGACGACUACUCGAAAUUCAAAUGCAUGUUGGUAAUCCCAGACGUUUAUGACAAGCAAAUGGUUGAGAACCUUGUGACAAUUUUACUUUCGACCUUAGGUUUUGCAAAGUUCGGUUUAAUUCAAGAAAGUGUCGCUGCAACGUUCGGAACAGGUGUGUCCUCUGCUUGCGUAAUUGAUGUUGGAGCUGAGAAGACUUCCAUUUCCUGUGUUGACGAGGGAAUGAUAAUCAGUGAUUCACGAAUCUAUUUGAAUUACGGAGGAAAUCAUAUAACAGAGGCUUUCACGAAAAUGUUAUUGCAGCAAGACUUUCCCUACAACUCAAUAAAUUUGAGACACAAUGACGAUUGGGAAUUGGCUCAACGUUUGAAAGAAAAGUUUUGCACCUUUGAUGACGCAGAAAUCGCGAUUCAAUUGUACAAUUUCUUUAUGAAGAAGCCUGAUGAAGAGACAAAAAAAUACCAGUUCAAAGUUUAUGAUGAGACAAUGUUAGCGCCCUUGGGUCUUUUCUACCCUGACUUAUUUGGGAUCUCCUCGCAGAUUGACCCCCGGCCCUUGUUUCCAAGCCCAGUUGACCACUAUUCUGGUGAGCUUAAUAAUCCAUAUUCCAAAGCUCAAGAGCUUCUAUUAGCUAAUCAGGGCUUUACGGAGCUUCCAGAUGUGGACCUACUUCAACGCUUGAUUGAUGGCAGACACGCUUACAAACUGGGAAAUCCUGGCAUAUCUAGACCCGAAUCAGAAGAUGCAUUGUUUUUUACAAAGAAAGCACUGUCAAUACCACUAGAUAAGGCUAUCAUCGAGUCGAUUACGCAUGCUGGAAUAUCGCUUGACUUCAACAGAGCCAAAAAAUUGUAUGAUAACAUUCUUGUUGUUGGUGGUGGACUCGCCAAAUUUCCUGCGUUCGAGACAUUACUCAAUGACCGAGUCAAUAUAUGGCGGCCUCGAUUUUUAUCUUCAGGUUCCUUGGAAGACCUUGUUUCGAUGUUGUCUAAGGACAAAGAGAAACUGGAGAGUGUACGGAAAUCUCUCAUCACAGCCUUGAAGGCCAAAAAGAAAACAGCGUCAUCGCAAGACGAGAUCGAGCUAAGUCCCGAGGAGCUCAAAAAAAUUGAUGAGCAGACCGAAUUCGUUAUAGAUCUUGACCGAGCAGAUGCUAUAGCAGAGCAGGGACAAACCACACCAGUGAAUAUUCUCACGCCCCCCAAGGAGCUACAGCCAGAAAUGAUUUGCUGGAAAGGUGGUGGAGUGUUUGCAAGAUUGAAGGUUGCUGGGGAAUUAUGGAUAUCCCGCGAGGAUUGGGAACUAUUAAACUCACGUUGCUUGUACUACAAAAGUUUGUUUAAUUACUAG